CAGACAGCGGUUUAUUUAAGCUAACACAGAUUAAAAUGCUCUGUAACACGACAGCUACAGUUUGUUUUAAACGGGCGGUUAAAUCGUGUUAAUUUAGCGGAAGCGUCGCUAGCUAGCUAACUGCUAAUCAAGCUAGCUGGUCAACAUUUCAAUUAAGGAAGUGCUGCACUGCUGUGACUGUUAGCUAGUUUGGUCCGUAACUGCGGUACGUUUAAAGGUUUUAGAGGCUUCGGACAAAAUGAUAAUUUAACUAAGCACUGAAUGCUGCAGGUCACAGGAUGGACACCAGUGGGAAACCCUCAACUGCACAGAUCGUGGUCUUAGCCACCAGCUCAGCCCUGACUGCGCUCUUCUACUCCAUUUACAAGAACCGAGCUACAACAGUUGCCAGAUUAAAGGAAGCCAAGAAAGUCUCCAUUGACCAGGAUCUGAAAAACAUCCUGUCUGAAACACCUGGAAGAUGUGUUCCAUACGCUGUCAUAGAGGGUGUUGUGAGGUCUGUGAAGGAAACUCUGAGCAGCCAGUUUGUUGAUAACUGCAAAGGCGUGAUUGAAAGGUUGACCUUGAAGGAGGAAAAGAUGGUGUGGAAUCGCACCACUCAUCUGUGGAACAACACAGAGAAAGUCAUCCACCAGCGCACCAACACAGUCCCGUUUGCCCUCGGCUCACAUGACGACGAUAUCACUGCCACAGUGCGGGUAAUACGUCCGCUAGACGCUGCAGAGUUGGACCUGGAAACCACCUACGAGAACUUCCACCCCACGGUCCAGUCCUUGUCCAACGUCAUCGGCCACUUCAUCAGUGGGGAGCGACCCAAGGGCAUCCACGAGACUGAGGAGAUGCUGCGGCUGGGCGACAGUGUCACAGGUGUUGGCGAGCUGGUCCUGGAUAACAACCUGAUUAAGCUCCAACCUCCCAAACAGGGCUUCCGUUAUUUCCUCGCUCGGCUGGACUACGACGCUCUUCUCAGGAAGCAGGGGAACAGCGUCCGACUGUGGAGGAUUCUGACUAUUGUUUUUGGCAUCGCCGCUUGCUCCACACUCCUCUUCAUCCUGUGGAAGCGCUACAUGCACCACAGGGAGAGCAGGAAGGAGAGGAGCAUGCUGGAGGAGUUCAAAGAGCAGCAAAAGAAACGUAUGCGUGAACUCAACGUGGAGGAAAGCAGCGUGUCGCCAACAAGCUGUACUGUCUGCCUGACCCGGGAGCGGUCCUGUGUGUUUCUAGAGUGUGGUCAUGUGUGUGCCUGUGCCCAGUGCCAUGACGCCCUGCCAGAGCCAAAGAAAUGCCCCAUCUGCAGGGCGACUAUAGACCGAGUGGUGCCUCUUUACAACAGCUAAUGUGGAACUGCAGAAAUGUGCAAUAUAUCACACAGGAAGUCUACUCAGUCAUUAUUACGCCGACGAUACAGUAUGUUAUUUUAAAACUGUCUGCUCAGGCUUGAAAAGGAUGAUAUGUGAACUUUUUGUUGCACUUCUUUUACUUUUUCUCACUGUCGUGGAUAAAUAGUAGGCAUCUGUGCUGACUCAUGACGCAGUCCCAUUUCCCAUCAAAUGUACAAAUCAGAUUUGGAACCUGUGAAAGUAGAGAAAAUGAAAUUCCUUCUUUCAUUUUGAGAGAGAAAAUUAGGUUUCCUCUCACUAAGACACUGACAAGUAUUGAUGAAACAAAUCUUGGUGCUGUAUCCAGACAACUAUUAAUCUUACGAUCAUUCUUAAAACAGCACUUGGGGGGAGUGCACACACACACACACACACACAGUAAAGCUCUUACGAAAACACUUUAAAGGUCCAGUGUGUAGGAUUUAGGGGGAUAUAUUGGCAGCAAUUGAAUAUAAUAUAAUAAGCGUGUUUUCUUGAGUGUAUAAUGACCUUAAAAUAAGAAUAAUUGUGUUUUCAUUACCUUAGAAUGAGCCAUUUAUAUCCACAUAGGGAGCGUGUCCUCGUCUAUGGAGAGUGCCUUGUUGCACCGUCAUGUUGCUACAGUAGCCCAGAAUGGACAAACCAGACAUACACUUUAGAUAGGGCCAUUUGCUUUUUUGCAUUGGCCAACAUAGUUCGAAGCCCCUCCACGACUAGCACUGCCACAAAACACUUUAAAUCAUCAAGUCUGUUUGUUUUGGAGAGCAAGAGACCUCUGCGGAUAAUUCGGCUUCCCAUUAAAAACCAUUUGAACGUCUGUAGCUGUAUUCACAAACAUUCAGAGACCACUCUCAGAGAGCUCUUAUGUAGCCUAAAAAUUUCUAGUGAAACGUCCUAGCUUAGCAGUGAUUUAAGAAAGUUCUCAGAGCAACUCUGAGUAAGGAAGAGACAGAAACUUAGUGAGGACGUGUGGUUUACCCCGUCGCUAGGUAUGAUGCCUUCAUUUAACAGAUGUGAUUGGUUGCCCUUUUGUGAGCCUGCAAGCUGUGGACAGCCAUUAGAAAAGAGAUGAUGUCAUUGUUGGUGUGAUCACUCUGCUGAUGGAAGGUCGAGACAGGCCCAAGUCAUCACUGCUGCACUGUUGUAUCUUUUCAGUUUUCCAAAUAUCUUAGUGCGGUCAUCACUCUUGAUUUCUGGCAUUACAGCGUUAUUGCGUUGGGUGGGAGAUGUGAGUGGAUCUCUAAUGAGAUCGACCACAAACAUUAUCCCUGCACAAUCUAAUCUGUAGCAUUUCAUUUACUCACUGUCAUCCAGCGUUUGAGGAAUAUUUCUCCGACGUCUUUGUCUUCCUGACAUUUUCUCCUCUGCCUCAGAAACUUUGAAGCCUCUUAAAAGUCUUCCUCCCUGCUCUUAACAUUUUUCACCUUUUGGAGCUCUUUUAAGGGCUGAGACACUCUGUGAAUAACUUAUCUUUACCAGGAAUUUAUCAGACUCUUGUCACUAAGAGCAACUCCUCAUAAGCUUUGUGAAUACAGCCCCUGAAUCUUAAGUAAUCACAGAAAAAAUAUGAGCACACAUUAGCAGGUGCUAGGCUAUAGCGGCCCGUCUUUGUCGAGCCGAACAGUGUAGGAGAAACACUGAUUUGUGACGGCAUUUGUUUGGGUUUAAAUCCCCAGGUCUGUUUGUUUUUGGGGAGAGGAAGAGAUCUCUGUGGAUAAAUCGGCUCACGGUGAAAACCUCCUGAACAAUAAACACUAAAGGAAUUCUAACUGGGGGAACUUUAAGCUGGUUGCAGUCUUCAGUUCUCCCAAAUCUUACACACUUUACCUUUUAAAGUGUCAAGAAGUACUUAUCUGCCAGAAGGUGGUGGUAUACUGUAUGCUUAAAAUGCAGUACAUCAGUGAAAGCCUGAAUGUAGUGAACAACACAACAGAGUCGUUUCACUCUAAGAGUGAUUCAGUAUAAAAACAAAGCUUAACUUGCAGCCUUGCUUUGUUUUAAUCCACGGUGCUGGGUGGAAGUUUAAGAAAGUCAAUUUUGCUGCUGCUAAAAUUUGUUACUCUUCACUACAUCUUCAACCUCAGAUCAGAUAAGGUUUGUUUGGACUAUAAUUCUGUCUCAGUUGCUACAUAUAAGCUUGUGGCAAACAACAUACGCACCGUAAUUAAAGACAACAGAUGGAAACUAAACCCCAACAACAGAAGUGGCAUUUUAGCCAAGACAAGAGUCGUAAUAUGUUGGAUGAAACAGGAAAAGGAGGAUGACAACGGCACGAACUGACACAUGAACAAAUGAAAUGUCUGUUUUUAUGUGUGAUUAGUUUGCGUUAUUUAAACAUCAAGUCUCACUUCAGGCACCAUGUACAAAAAUAUAAUGUAUGAUCAUUUCAAGAAUGUACAAAGGUAUGAUGGACAUUGGUAGGAUGGAUUUUACUUCAGCUGAACCAAAGGUGCUUUUGGGAAACAGUGUCCAACUUGUCUUUACAUUUGAUUUUUGAAGCGUGUGCAGGCUAUUCAGUCUGCCUAAUCAUUCUUUUAAUGUUUUAAAUUGUGAUUUAGCUUUGGUGAGGCCUUACAGAUCGUUAAAAGUUAUGUUUUUGCAGACGAGCCGAAGGAAAAUUUUCAGUGUAAGAGCUUGAGGAGUGAGGCGGGGUGGCAGGACGAUAAUUGUACAGGCUUCUGUCAGGUUGUUCCUGGAGAAGAGGAGCAGGCUGACCCUGUCCUGUUCUUCUUUUGAUUUUGUUCUUACAAAGAUAUGGAGCAGGUGCUCGGGCUCCUCAGACGUUCGGCUCAGAGUACAGGGGGAGCACAUGAAAAACUUGUUAAAGUGUACCAUACAGGAGGGACCUCUGUACGGUCACAGCCUCUGAUUGUUGGACUUUGAACCUGCUUUUCCUGAGACAUUGGCAAAACAUAAUCAUCAACUCUCUGUCUGUUUGAAACCUUAUUAAAGACAAAUGCAAUGUUGAUCAAA